CGGUAACCAAGGAGACCGAGGCUGAAGGUCCUGGCUGCUUCCCGCGGCGGGCGGUGGGGACGCGAGAGGCUGGGGUCUCCAGAAGUUUAUACAAAUCCCAAUAAUUUCCAGAAAAUAUUAAGACAGUAAUCAUGAACACCAAAGAUUUUGUAGUUCUUCCAUGGGGAAAACCUGGAAAUUCUAUAAAGCUAAAAUAUAAAAAUGCUCAAGAACUGCGAAUGGAGAAAAUAAGGUUAGAGUUGGAGAACCAAGAGAUGGCAAAGAAACUACAAGAAUUCCAAUCAACAAAGAGCAAAGAAAAGAAAGAAAGAGAGUCAAGUGAAUAUCAUUGGAAAUCUGGAAAAGUGGACAAAUUGGGUAAUCAAUCACACAUGAUGUCACAGAAUAGAGGAAAUUUUAUUAAGCUUUCUGCUGGAAAAGUGAAAUUAAAAUUACUGAAGGAGCAGAUUCAAGAGCCAGUGAAACAACCAGUUAAUUAUAAAAUGGCAAAUUCUUUUGAAAGUGAAAAUCCCAAGAUAAAAGGGAAGGUUUGUGGACAGUGUGAGAACAAAGCUGCUCUACUAGUGUGCCUUGAAUGUGGAGAAGAUUAUUGUUCCGGGUGCUUUGCUAAAAUUCACCAGAAGGGGGCACUAAGGCUCCAUAGAACAACUCUUCUGCAGGCAAAAUCUCAAAUAUUAUCCAGUGUAUUGGAUGUUGCGCAUCGGUUUAUAAAGGAAGUUAAUCCAGAUGAACCCAAAGGGGAGAAUAUUUCUACAAAAGAAACCAGCAAAAGUCAGCAUAAACCCAAAUCUCCACUUCUGCAGGGGAGCAGCUCUGAGGUAGAAAUUACAACAACAAAAAAAGCAGAAUGUACAAAACCAAGAGAUAGGCUGUUGGGUGAAGGAUUAUUCGAUGAAGAAGCUUCUGCCCAGUCCUUUCAGGAAGCGUUAAGUCAGUGGAGAACUAGCAAUCACGAUGACAACGAGAAACAGUCUUCACAUGCAGUAAAACCAGACUCAUUGGAAGAAUGUGAAGUACAGACUAAUCUGAAAAUUUGGAGAGAACCACUUAAUAUUGAAUUUAAAGAAAACAGUCUAUCCUACAUGGAAAAAUUAUGGCUUAAAAAACACAGGAGAACUCCACAAGAGCAACUUCUUAACAUGUUACCGGAUACAUUUACACAUCCAUGUAAAACCACUAGUGAGGCACAGUGUUCUCAAAAUGAAAAUGAUGAAGAUAGUGAUGUUGGAGAGAUCAAAGUACAACAUCCAGAUCCUUUCUUGCCAGUUGAAGAAUUAAACAUAGAGAGACCUGAACCAUCUCUAAAGAUUGUCGAACUGGAUGAUACAUAUGAAGAGGAAUUUGAAGAACUGGGAAACACUGUGCCUUACAAAGUUGAAUUAGCUGAUGAAGACACUCAACAAAGUUAUGCAUUUCAUGAUUAUCAGAAGAAUAAUUUUCCAUAUGAAAAUGACAUCUAUCGUCAUCAUAUUUUCAACAAGGGGAAAAUAGACCUCUCACAUCUUUGUCUGAGAAACAGCCCUACAUAUUGCAAAGAUAAUUCAAAAGCAGGAACUUCAAAUACAGAUUUUAACAACACUGUGGAUUCUGAUGUUUAUUCUUCUGACAUUGAAAAAAUGGAGGAAAGCAGCAUCUUUGAAAGAAAUUUAAAAGAAAAAAGUAUAGAUAUAAAAAGUAAUCAAAAGUCUGAUGAUUCCUAUAUAUCACCUGGGAGCAAAGAUUCUUUGCCAAGUGUAGAUUUAGAAAAACCUUCCAUCGAAGAGAAAUUAUCUCAAAACAUCAAAGAAUCCUUGGUAUUUAGCAAUCUUCAUGGGAGGCCAAAUGUUGAAGAUUCUACCACUAGAAAGUCAUCACUGUUGUUACAAGAAAUAGCCGUCAAAAGUAAGCCUAUAACUGAACAAUAUCAAGGACUUGAGAGGUUCUUUAUUUUUGAUGAAAAUGAAAGAGCCAACUUACUUCCUUCUCAUGCAUUAGAAUGCAGCUAUUCCAGUACUGGGAUUACAUUUGCAGACACAGAAUGGAUCCCAGACCAUAGCGUAAGUGCACAUGCUGAUAAUGCAGUUGUUUUGGGCAUUCUGCAGAGUGCCCAGAAUCCACCAUCAAAUAGAAAACAGCCAAAGACAGGCCAGAAAUCACAGAGACCUUCAACAGCAAAUUUACCAUUUUCCAACUCUGUUAAAAAAAGCUCCAGCUGCCUUUCAUCCUCUCAUCUUCGAUCGAGAAGUGCAUCUGCUCGAUCAUUAUCUAGAGCUGCUUCUGAAAUUUCAGAAAUUGAAUAUAUUGAUAUUACUGACCAGUAUGAGCUUUUCUUUGAUAACACCGCUGACCAACAAACCUUAGACAGUUUGGAAAAAGAAUUAAAUGUGCUGAGAAAUCUUUCAGAUCCUUCAGAAAAAAUUUACAGCCUAACCUCAGAAGAGUUACCAGCUUUCAACAACCAUUCAGGGAAUGUAAGUCGGACUCCCACAGAUUUCCUUAAAACCUCACAUGAGAGGGGUCCCUGUGGAGUUGAAGAAUUGAGCUGUUCUGGAAGAGAUACUGAAAUUCAGGCUUUGCUGUCACUUUCUGAGAGCAGUACAGAUGAAGAGGAAGAAUUUCUUGACAAGCAACAUGUCAUCACACUACCGUGGUCAAAGAAUACUUAAUGAUUCUUUGUUUAUUACCUUUUCCAUUUUGUACUCAGAGUAAAGCAAACAACUGAAAAAAGUAACCAAGUUAUUACCUGUUUAGGUACAAGAGAUUUUGAUAAUUAAUGUCUUUGAUGUUUCAAGUCUUGAGAACUAAUAAAGUUCAGUAAAAUUACAAGUU